UAGGUAGGGCCAGAAAAAUCAGACAUCAAUACUGUAGUACUAUAUCUUGUUAGUUAGUUAGUUGCAGUCGAGCGGAACUCAUAUGGAUGUAUCAAGGCUAACUUCCCUUGCCUCGUGCAUUCGUCGCAUGACAGAGCGCAGUCUUCUAAUAUUAUUCCACAUUAUCUUCUCGUGGCUAGCUCCUGUCUACUUUCAGCGUAUGUUUGAUCCAUAAAGAGCUAACCGGUAGGUCCUGAGGUAAGAGCGUCACGAUCCUUUCCUUGCGACGAUGGAGAUCCCGUGGAUUUGUGCAUCCGUCUUCCUUUUGGCGUAUGUGGUGCUCGUCCUCGGAAUAACGGAUGGCAGCGCUAUGGAUGGAGGCGAUAGUUCUGCGACGGAUCCAGUUAACACCGAGACUGCCACGAAUAACAAGCGGUUAAAUAACAGAAUUAAUUUCGUCACCGAAAACACUUCCAUAGACAAUUUGACAGAAGUUAAGCUCGAACUACCUGAAUUAGUUAUGAAUCGAACGGUCGCUAUUCUUAUGAGAUUCAUGGAUCAGGACACUCGUGGAAGAUUUGAGUCUAAGGAAAUACGGCAGUUAGCCUUAAACACUAAGGUACCCUGCUUGAUGAAGACACUGCGCGACAUCGAUCAAGUCGUUUUAAAUGAUACGCUUAUUAUCCUAGAGAGGCAUGUAACCUGUGUUCAGGAAGUCCUUGACAGCCCUGGAGGAAUCAAUGAUACCACAGAAUUUCAAGCGUUUUGCAGCAGAGAUGACGAACAAAUUGACAAAGCUGUAGUUGAUGCAUUCAAGACAUGCCAUGUAUUUAUUGGUCCCAGAUAACGUACCUCCGCAAUAUAACAGAAUUUGAAAUAAAAU